GCUGUUGUUGUCUAUCGCAGCGUUGUUGCCGAGACCAGAGAAUACGGUUUUGAAGAAAGGAAUGGUUUGCAUCGGAGGUUCCCAACCUGGUCCAUUGCGUUCGGUAACGAAAUUUUCAUCAGAGAGGUCAAUCACAAAUUGAGGAUUUUGAUUCCUACUGUCUCGAUGAGGAACUCUCUGAAAAAAUUGCGAGGUCUUGGACUUCACAAGCAUCAUCAUCAUCAUCAUCUCCAUCAUGAUUCCAAGGGCCGUAGGGACGUUCGAUCUUUGGCUCAGUUGGAUGAGCUCGAUCAGGCUACCCAGGACAUGCAGGACAUGAGAGACUGCUAUGAUAGCUUGCUUUCUGCGGCGGCAGCUACAGCCAACAGUGCUUAUGAAUUCUCAGAGUCCCUGCGGGAAAUGGGCUCUUGUCUUCUCCAGAAAACUGCAUUGAAUGAUGAUGAAGAAAGUGGUAGGGUUUUGCUAAUGCUGGGGAAAUUGCAGUUUAAGCUGCAAAAGCUUGUUGAUAACUAUCGUGGUCAUAUAAUCAAGACAAUCACAACUCCAUCAGAGUCUUUAAUGAAUGAACUUCAAAUUGUUGAGGAGAUGAAGCGACAAUGUGAUGAAAAAAGCAGAGAUGUCUAUAAGCAUAUGUUUACAAGAUACAAAGAAAGAGGCAAGUCUAGAGCUGCGAAGGCAGAAAGUUUUACUGUGCAGCAGUUGCAAACUGCUCAUGAUGAAUAUGAUGAUGAGGCGACAUUAUUUGUUUUUCGGUUGAAAUCUUUGAAACAAGGACAAUCACGGAGUCUACUCACACAGGCAGCACGUCACCAUGCUGCUCAGUUGCAUUUCUUUAAGAAAGCACUUCAGUCUCUUGAGACAGUGGAGCCACAUGUAAAAUCAGUAACUGAACAGCAACACAUUGAUUACCCCUUUAGUGGUCUUGAAGAUGAUGAUGGAGAUGACGGUGAUGAUGGGGAAGAUGAUGAUGAAAGUUAUGAUGAGAAUGAUGAUGGGGAGUUGAGCUUGGAUUAUGGGCAAAAUGAACAAGACCGAGAUGUUUCUACACCACAAAAAUCAAAGGAGGAAAAGUUAGACAUGCUUAACAGGAAUUCAAUUUCCUUUAGGUUUAGGACAGAAAGCCAAUCUGCCCCACUUUUCAUCGAUAAACCUGACUUUAGUGAAAAACUAAGACAGAUGCAACCAUCUUUAUCGAGGAAGUUCAGUUCAUAUGUGCUGCCUACACCUGUUAAUGCCAAGAGUUCUAUCUCUUCAGGAUCAAGUAAUCUAGCGACUUCCAAAACACAUAUAAAUUUAAAUGAGCCUACAAAGAAUUUGUGGCAUUCAUCCCCGCUGGAACAAAAGAAAUAUGGAGAAAAUUUUGGAGAUGAGGAAUUCUCUCGUUCUACUGUUACGAAUGCACAAUCUGUACUCAAGGAAAGUAACGGCAAUGUUGCCUCCACAAGAUUGCCACUUCCGCUGGUUGAUGGCCUUUUAUCUUCAACUCAUGAUGCUUUUCAUGUUCACUCUAAGAAGAUUAAAAGACAUGCCUUUUCUGGUCCAUUGACUGGUAAACCAUGGCCUACCAAACAUGCUUCGGUAGAAUCCAUUCGAUUGUUUUCUGGACCUCUUUUGCAGACUCCAACAGCACAGCCUCCAUCAUCGUCCCCAAAAAUAUCUCCUAGUGCUUCUCCUACUUUUACAUCUUCACCUAAAAUAAGUGAGCUUCAUGAGCUUCCAAGGCCUCCAGCUGGUUUUUCAUCCAAUUCUUCAAGACUUGUUGGUUUGGUGGGUCAUUCAGGUCCACUGGUGUCCAGAGGUCCAAAGCUUUCUGCUGCAAACAAAUUGGUUACGUCAACUAAAAAUGCUGCAUCUCCUUUGCCAACACCUCCUCAGGCCAUGUCUCGUAGCUUUUCCAUACCUUCUAGUGGUGCAAGAGCUGAAGCAUUGCAUGAUCCAAGGCCAGUGGAAUCCCCUAAUAGAUCAUCCGUGUCUGAGGAUCUUGCAUCUCUCCCGCCAUUAGCGUUAACAAGCAGUCAACUGUCUUCUGAUGGCUCUGAGACUGUUGCUCAGGCUGUCUAGAUUGGAGGCACUGAAAUUCUGCAGAUUAAUUCCACUCACGCAUGAAGAUAGCUCUGUUGAAGACCUGGCAAAUAAGGCUUAGGGUCAAGUUUUGUUUCACAAUUAGUUUUGUGCCAUUACGAAUCUGUAAAUAUUCCUCUGUAUCUGCAUGUCAUCAUUUUUGUUCGGCUCCCUUUCAAUGGUGGAAAAUAAAUGCCCGUGGGUUGCAUACUUGCAUUGUUGAAUUGUGUAUUAUUUUCUUUAUCCAAUAUUCAAAUUAAUUA